AGUCGACUGCUUUUCCUGUAGAGGCCAUUUUGUUGAAAAUUAGACCACUUGAGCAUUGAAGGACGGAUAAAAGGAUCGACACGCGUUUAAAGGGGAACUUAAUCACUUAUGACAACAAUAGUUUGUUAAUGUGUACUAGCUGGUGUAUCAAAUUUAAGGGAAGUAUUGACUAGUUUCACACACUAAUCGGCAGACAGACGAACCUCCCACAGGCGGAGUUUCGGCCACGGAGUUUUGACUGAUGCGCUAUGAAUCGGAACACUGUAUUACUUAUGCUCUCAUAUUUCACAUACUUGAAAAAGCAUUCUGCUUGAAAUGAUUUGUGUCAUUUAAGUGUGAACUCAAGUACUAUUCAUGUCGUAAAACAAGUGCAUUUCGUGCGCAAAGUUUUUCAUGUCUGAAAGCUGUCAGCAGCCGUAUCUGGGGUUAUUUCUGCACGUGAGGGAAGCAAUUAAGAUUUAUUUAUCAAGUGUUGACAGUAUAUUGGAUUGAAUAAUCAUCUUUAAACAGGCAACAUGUUCAGUUUUAUGAAGCAUAAGGAUAAAAAGGACAAAGAUGAGAAAAAGAAAGAAAAGAAAGAGAAGAAGGAAAAAGAAAAGAAGGAGAAGCGUGAACCAAUGACACAAGAUGAGUUAAACAAGUUGGAUGAGGUGAAGAAAGGUGUGUUUAGGCGUUCGAGUGAUAAAGAUAAAAAUAGAAAAUCUGGAUACAAAUCUGCUGCAGCAGGCAGUCAAGACGUGAAGAGGGAUACAAGUGACAGCAGUUUGAGUGGGGACGGACCCAGCCCAAGUCAUGAAACUUCCCCCGAGCCUCCAGCACAGAGGGUCAGUCUGACAAGGCCUCAAAGGCUGCCUAGUGGAGGCAGAGCAGAUAGAUCAGCUCCUCCAGUUAUUGCACCCAAACCAAAAUCAAUUCUCAAAGGAAAGGUGGAGCAACAGCAAGUUUCAACAAACAUUGACGACAGUGUCGUUUUGCAAGAGAAUACAAGGAUGAAUGAAUAUCAAGCUCAUUUAACAAAUAAUCCUUCUAAAGUUGAAGUAGCUCAAAAAGAAAACAGACCUUUGGAGCAUAACACUUCAGUUUCAUCAAUAAACUCUAAUACGCCUAAUUCACCUCAAAAAUCUCCAGACAAAUCAUAUAAGUCAGACUUAAAAUUGCCAGAAAUCGUACCUAUAAAACCUCCAAAAGUUAGAGAAUUAGUUCUUCAAAGGCAGCCAACUGGUGGCUUUGGUUUUACACUUAGAAAAGCAGUUAUUGCAGACAAUACAGAAAGUGGACAAGAACUCAAACAUACAGUGGUUUUUGCAGAACCAGGAAGUGGACCGAAAGCCUUGCAGACUGGGUUGAUACCUGGGGACAGACUCAUUGAAAUCAAUGGUAUCAAUGUUGAGAAUAUUUCUAGAGAGGAGAUGGUUGAAAUGAUCCGACAGUCUGGAGAAACUGUCACAGUGAAAGUGCAGCCCAUUCAAGAGCUGAUAGAGCUUAGUGUUAGACCAGGCAACGAUGGAGGCAGUGUGGAAGUAGAAGAAGCAGUCAGUAAAGGUGGGACGCUAAAGCGCAGUGGCAGUGUCCGCUACAAAAAAGGGGCUCGGUCAGAAACUGAGGUGCAGUCUGAAAAGGCUUGGCUAGAAGCAGAAAAAGUAUGGCUGGUUCACAAAGGGGGGUUUGCCUCGGCCAGUAUCAUAAAGGGCAAUGGCAUGUCCCCCCUGCCGGAGGGUCGUGUCCGUAUUAAACUGGACCAUGGUGGUGAUGUUCUGGAGGUGGAUGAGGAUGAUGUUGAAAAGGCUAACCCGCCCCAAUUUGACCGGGCAGAGGAUCUCGCUUCCCUGAGAUUUUUGAAUGAGUCAAGUGUCCUACACACCUUGAGACAGAGAUAUGGAGCUAACCUUGUACAUACUUACGCGGGGUCCAGUGUAGUGGUGGUCAACCCAAUGCAUCAAAUGUCCAUAUAUUCAGAAAAGUUGAUACAGGUCUUUAAGGGUUGUAAACAAGAAGACAUGCCCCCUCAUGUCUACGCCAGUGGGCAGAUUGCCUACAGAGACAUGUUGAACAGUAGGCGGGACCAGUCAAUUAUCAUGAUGGGCAGAAGUGGCAGUGGCAAGUCAGUCAAUGCCAAACACAUCCUGUCCUACCUAACACUGGCAGCAGGCAGUGUUGGCAACAUAAUGUCAGGAGACAAAUUGAAUGCUGUCUCGACACUGAUGGAUGCCUUUGGAAAUAGCAGAUCUAUACUAAACACCAAUGCCAGUAGAUACGGACAGCUGACAACAUUAGAUUUUGAUCAUUCAGGCCAGAUUGUCUCUGCAUCCAUACAGGUAAUGCUCUUUGAGAAGACGAGGGUGGUGAGACGACCGGAAGGGGAGCCCAGUUUCCAUGUGUUCUAUCAGAUGUUGGCUGGACUAGACUCUAAUCUAAGAAAUGAACUGCAACUCAAUGCUCUAGGGGACCCAAAUCUGUUUAUGACACCUUUACAAAGGAAUGAAGAUCGUCAGAGAGCAGCCACUUCCUGGGGUAAGAUCUUCCAUGCCAUGGAUGUGGUAGGAAUGUCUGAAGAGGAGAAACGUGCCAUAUGCUACAUCCUGGCCGCCAUUUAUCACCUGGGUGUGGCUGGAGCUGUGAAGGGACAGAACAAUAAACCGCAGUUUGCCAGACCAGCCGCGGCCCUCAAGGCCUCCCAGUUGAUGGGGAUUACCCAGGAGGAGCUGGCCAGGCAGAUCUUUGCCUCGGGGGGAUCCUCUACACUCAGUAGAAGUACAUCAAUGAGGAUAAGUAGACCUAUGGGGGGAAGCCCAGCAGACAAAGGUCAAAGUGAUUUUAACACAAACGCUAUGGAGGCUCUAGAGGGGUUCAUCAUAGGGCUUUACUCAGCUGUAUUUAAUGCAAUAGUGUCUUUAAUAAACAGAUCCAUGUCUUCAAAUAUGCGGACCUCCACAUCAAUAACAGUUGUGGAUCUACCUGGAUUUCAGAAUCCAGCUACCUGUGGUCGCAACUCUGGUGCUACUUUUGAAGAUCUGUGUUACAACUACGCUAAUGAAAAAAUACAGAUGUUGUACCAUGAACUGACCUUUACCUUACAACAGGAUAGAUACAGUCAGGAGAAUGUUGAGUGUGAUUUCGAGUUUGUUACCAGCAGUCCAGCAGCAAUGGUGUCCCUUAUUGACAAACCAGCCCAGCAACUUCUGGUUAGAACUUCAUCACAAGAAAUAAAAGACAGUGAUAAGAAAGGGUUGCUAUGGAUACUGGAUGAGGAAGCAAUAUUUCCUGGAGCAACAGAGGACAGUUUUAUGGACAGACUUUUUACUCACCAUGGAGAGCAGAAAGUCAAAAAGGACAGUCUGUUAAGGAAAGCCUCCUCACUGGGGAACACAUUUAUUCUGAAUCACUACCAGGGAACCAACCCUGUUCAGUAUAAUGCCAGUGGCUGGCUGAAAGGGUGUCGGGAAAACCCCCUUAUCAAAACUGCUAUUCAGGUCCUACAGGAUUCUAAGAGACAAAAUAUCAAUGAACUUUUCAACACAGUCAAGGCUCCUGUAGCAGGGAUGGUCAGUGGAUCCAUUGUAGGCAUGGAGGGGUCAACUUCUCUCAAAAGAGUGGGCAGUAUGCGAAGGACCUUCAUGUCAGGGACAGCAGGUCUCAAAAAGCGCUCAAUGUGUCUUCAAGUUAAAUUCCAAGUGGACUCAAUAAUAGAAACCCUCCGUAAAACUAAAUGUCACUUUGUACACUGUCUCCUGCCACAACACAAUGCUGGACUGUGGGAGCUAAAGCAGGGAACAUCUCCACAAGACAAGCCCUCAGACGAAAACCUAAUGAACGUUCCUCUUGUAAGAUCUCAGAUCAGGGGUGCAGAGCUUAUGGAAGGUGUUAGGAUCUACAGGCAAGGUUUUCCUGAUAACAUGGUGUUCAGUGAGUUCAGACAGAGAUUUCAGGGUUUACUUCCUCCUGGCAACCAGCCUGGGAAAGACGCUGACAUGAAACAGGCAAUUCUAACAAUCUUGGAUCAUCUAGACAUAGAUAAACUGAACUACAGAGUUGGACUUAGCCAGGUGUUCUUUCGAGCAGGUGCUCUGAACAGAUUGGAGAUGGCUCGUGAUGAGAAGAUAACGGGAACAAUCAUCAACUUACAGGCCCGCUGCAGGGGUUUCCUAGCCAGAAAAAAUCUAGAAAAAUUAAAGGUGAAACACAUUGCCAUUAGCUGUAUUCAAAAGAAUGUCAGGAAACUGAUGUUGAUCAAAGAUUGGUCAUGGUGGAAACUGUUUACUAAGGUUCAACCAUUACUAGAUGUCCACCGUACAGAAGAGGAACUGAAAAAUAGAGAGUAUGAACUAGAACAGAUGAAGGCUAAAGUAGAAAAGCUGGAAAAAGAAAGAAAUGAGUACAAAACACAGGCUGAGAAGUUAGAGAACAGAUUGGCGGAGGUGACAGCAGAUUUAGCUGAGGAACAUGACACAGCCACUCAUGCCUCUGAAAUGUUAGAAGCCGAGACUGCAGACAGAAUGAGACUGGACAAAGAACUCAAGGACAUUCAGUCAAAGUAUACAGUUUUGAAGAGACAUGCAGAGAAGAUAGAAAUGGAGGUGACUCAGAUGCACCUAUGGCAAGCUCAGGCAAUGGAGGGGGAGCUGGAGGACGAUUUUGGAGAUGACUCCAUUUACAAGGAGAGGUUUGAGAAGCUACUGAGGGAAUCCACAGUGACACGAAAACGUAUGGAAAAAAAUCAUGAGGAGGAGCUAGAGAAAGAACAAUCGCUAAAGAAAAAUGUAGAGAGAAAGCUUCAUGAGGCUAUUGAGGAUGCGGAGGACCAGAGGAGACAGUUGUCUGCCGCGAAGAAAAAGGCCCAGCGUCUGGUGGCUGAAAUGCAGGACACAAAACUCCACUUAGAGGAACAAAUGUCACGUAACAAUGACCUGGAACGUAAACAGAGGAAAUUUGAUGCAGAGCUGAGCAAGAUUCAGGAAGAGGUCCGAGACGAGAAAAAUUUACGAGAGAAACUGCAGAGGGAGAGAGAUCAACUAGCUUCCACUAAAAUUACACUAGAGCAGGACCUACAGAGAAUGAAAGUGGAAUACGAGGAGAAAUCGGAGAAAGUAGAUCGUCUUAACCGAGAACUGAUGGACUUAACCCUGACAGGAACUAAAGGGUCCGACCAAGAAGUCAUGGCUCUGAAGAAAGCCAAACAUGAGCUUGAGUCAAAGAUCAAGGACCAGGAGGAGGAGUUAGAUGACCAGGCCGGACAGAUACAGCAACUAGAACAGACCAAGAUUCGCUUAGAGAUGAACCUGGAGAGAUCUAAACAGCAGCACAACAAAGAACUGGAGGAGAAGGAAGAGGAGAUAGAGGAAAUGAGAUAUGCCAUGCAGAAAAAGCUAAAGAAUUUAGAAAGUCAGUUAGAAGAAGAAUAUGAUGAUAAGAAAAAACUACAACAAGAAAAGAGAGACUUGGAAAGACAGAUCCAGGAGCUUAGUUCUAAAGCAGGGUCUAUAAACAAGGAAGGAGAAAAGAGAUUAAAGAGAGAUCUGAUCAGGACCAGGGCUCUGUUAAGAGAUGCUGAGAUUGUGAUACAAAAGAACCAGGGAACUGAGGCAACUAAAGCACAGAUCAAAGCUCUCAGGAAUAAGCUGGAUGAUUCUGAAUACACUGCUGCUGCUGCCACUAAAGCCAAGAAAACCAUGGAAUUAGAAAUCCAGGACCUUCAGCAACAGCUGGAUGACAUCUUCAGGGCCAAAACAGAGUCAGAAAACAAGGCGAUGGCUUUGCUGAGAGAGAAGACGGAGCUUCAGAGUCAGUUAGAUGAGAAUGAGGAAGACUACAAUGACGUGAUGAGGAAAUAUAAGGCGGUGGUACAGCAAGCCACACUGGACCAGAACGUGAUCUCACAACAAUUACAACAGAUAGAGGAAUUAACAUCAGACAGGGAGAGAUUAAAGCAGGAGAUUGCUGAUUUACAUCUUAAAGUACAGGGAUUUGAAGAUAACUCAGUAGACAAAUCAACUGUAGCAAGGCUGGAGAGCAAAAUCAAAGAUUUAGAAAACAAAUUAGAUUUAGAAAUUGCUCAGAAACAUAGAUUAGAGGUACAAUUAAGUAGAACAAAAGAGCAGGUAGACAAGUUAGUGGAGGAGAAGGAAGGACUAAUGACCCAAAAGACCCAGACAGAGGAGAAUGUAAAGAGGGUUCAGAGACAGCUGAGGGACCUCCGGGAGGAUUUCUCCGAUGCCCAGAAAAAAGAGAUGGAGGUGGCUCAGAAAAACAAGGAACUGGAGAGCAAGGUGCUUGAUUUAGAGGGAGAUUUUGAACAGAAGCAUGCAGACCUGAAGUUGGCCUUCAAACGCAUCUCAGAUUUACAGGCAGCCCUCGAGGAGGACAUGCUUAGUGAUGAUGAAUUAAUGUUAAAUAGUGACGAGUCAGAUCUAGACGAUGACGAUGACUACCUCGGCCAUCGGAAUUCUUCCCUGUACAAUAACACAAAUUCCCACUCCCGUUCUCCGCGUACCCUCUCCUCUAGCAGUACUCAGGGCAGUCACAGUCCUAGACCAAUACAAAUCAAUGGAGCAUCGGGCUAUGACUGACACAACAGCAAGGCUUAGAUUCUAUGGGCAAUGUGCAACACUUCCCAGCAUGGGAUAAACAAAUAUACCUCCAAGAAAUCAAAAACUCUCCUGGUGCUUAUAAUCAUACAGAAAGAUGGUAGUGCUCCAAACAUUAUCACCAUGGGGAUUCUGGCUGCAGGAACAAGUGUUAAGAAAUCCUCGGAUAGCAUAGAAAUAAGUGAACAUGACCAGAAUAAUUACACAUUGUAGCCAUUAGAAGUGCUUUUUUUCUUCCAAGUUUUUAGGUUAAAUUGCUGCUGUUAAAUUUUAAUAUAUACAGAUUUUUAAGCUUAACUAAUUUGUUGAGUUCAUGGGUAGGUUUACAAUUACAUAUGGACUAAAUGUAUAUGGAUAAUUUAAUUUUUUUCCAGUCAAAAUAUUACUUAUAUUAUUUUUUAAUCCAGCAUAUCAUAGAGUUUCUGUAUUCCUUAUUCAUCAAUGUAAUGUAGUGUAAACAUUUAUACUUGCAGUAUCAUACUUCCGUCAAAGAUUUCUAACUGUGAUAUUAGUCAACUUGUGUACAUAUUUAUACAUAUAUGUCGCAUUGAAACAAAUCUAAACUCUGUGUUUUGUGAUCUCCCUUGUCAAACAUUAUCUAAGUGAAGAGUGAUCCUGGAUCUACUUUAAUGAGGAAUUUAAUAUCCAAUUAAUUCAAUAGCUAGAGUGGUUGUAGUACAUGUUAUUAUUUUUUUUUUUUUUUUUUUUACAAAAUGGCAACAUUCUUGAGAGAGAAAGAAAAGAAAACUUUCAAAUAACACUUUGUUAAAGUGUAAUUUUAAUAUAUAUGAAUGUGAGCAAACUUAUGGAAGCUGUGUUUAGGGAAUGUUGGUUGUAAGAAUUUAUAGUUUAUUAAUGAAUAUGAAAGUGAUGUUUAAAUGGCUGUAUUGUGCUGGCAUGCUAACCUUUGGGAACAAUGGAUUUCUCCAUCAUCUUUCACCAUGUUCUAAUCCCUGGGGAAUUAUUUUUCUCCAGCUUUCAUUAUUCAUAUUUUGUUAAUUAUUUCAUUAAUGCAUUUAGAUAUUAAAUAAUGUGAAAUAUU